AUGGAGGUCCCACUGCCCAGCAAGUUCAAGAUGCCAACUUUUGAAAUGUAUAAAGGCUCAACUAACCCAGUUGAUCACCUGGAUACCUUCAAGGUAUUGAUGCAAUUGCAAGGCGUACUUGAUGCCAUCAUGUGUCGUGCAUUUGAUGCCACCCUUAAAGGAAAUGCUAGGGCUUGGCACAAUACUGAAGAGUGCAUUCACCUAAAAAACGAAAUUGAGGCCUUAAUAAAAAGAGGUCAUCUAUCAAAGUUCGUGAAGAAAGGAGAUCGUCGAAGGGAGUUUCGUGAACAGAAAAAGCCUAAUGUAAACGAGAAGGAGGAACAGAUCGUUGGAGAAAUUGCUGUGAUCUUUGGCGGACCUGCCAAUGAUGUCUUUGCCUGGUCAGCUCAUGACAUGCCAAGGAUUGACCUUGCAAUCAUGGAGCACAGGUUGCAGGUAGACCCAAACCAUAAGCCUGUGAAGCAAAAGAAGAGGAGCUUUGCAUUGGAGCAGAUCAAGCCAAAUGGAAAGUGGCGGACUUGUAUUGACUUCAUGGAUUUGAAUAAGGUGCGCUUGAAAGACAGCUUUCCACUUCCCCUCAUCGACCAGCUGGUGGACUCGACAUCUGGACAUGAGCUUCUGAGUUUCAUGGAUGUGUAUUUGGGAUACAACCAAAUCCCAAUGCACCUAGGAGACGAGGAGAAAACAUCAUUUAUCACAAAAAGGGGACUCUACUAUUACAAGAUGAUGCCUCUUGGGUUGAAGAAUGCAAGGGCAAUAUACCAGUAG